AUGAAAAGAGGAAGACAGGUCGGCAGCAGUGGAGUAGACUUACCAGACGAUAAGCAUAUCAGAGAAGUUGAAGAGGAAGGUUAUAAAUACCUUGGCAUCCUGCAGUUGGAUAAGACUCUUAAUACCAAGAUAAAAAGCAAGAUAACAUCAGAGUAUGUGAGAAGAGUAAAGAAGCUAUGCAGAUCCAAAGUGAAUGGAGGAAAUAUGAUCAGUGGCAUCAACGCAUGGGCCGUGAGUGUACUACGUUACAGUGCAGGUAUUGUGGAUUGGACAGUGGAAGAGCUGGUCAGCAUGGAUAGAAGAACUAGGAAAAUUGUGGCAAUGAAUGGUUGUAUGCACACCAGAAGUAAUGUUGCGAGACUGUACCUGCCAAGAAAGGAAAGAGGAAGAGGGUUGAUAAGCAUUGAGGAGUGUGUAAACAAAGAGAGUAAGUCCUUGCAUGGCUAUCUCAGAGAGAACACAGAGUGGAUGCUUCAAGCUGAUUUAAAGGAGAAGGUGUUAGAUGAAGAAGAGAACCUCCAGGACUACCAGAAGAGGAGACAGGAGGAGAAAAUCAGGAACUGGAAGGAGAAAGACCUGCAUGGAGAGUUUGUUCGACAAACAGCAGAUGUAGCUGGAGAAGAUUCCUGGAGAUGGCUUAGGAAUGGUUUUUUGAAAAAGGAGACAGAAGGUCUGAUCUUAGCUCCUCAAGAACAAGCUUUAAGAACAAAUUCGAUCAAGCACAGCAUAGAUAAGACUUCAGUAACACCUCUGUGUAGAGUGUGUGGAGACUCUCCUGAAACUGUGGCCCUGCGGGUGCACUGGGAGAUUUGCGGAAAGUACGGGAUAGAAUGUACCGACAAGUGGUAUGACCAUCAGCCAUUGGCAGUCGCAGAGAACAGAGAUGUUCGAAUUACCUGGGACAUGACUGUUUACACAGAUAAGAAGCUGAGUCAUUAUCGACCGGAUAUUACUCUACUAAGGAAAGAUACACAGGAGUGGACACGAAUUGACAUAGCUGUACCAGCGGACCAGAACAUCAUCAAUACUGAGGAAGAGAAAGUGGCUAAAUAUCAAGAACUAGCAUUCGAAAUUAAGAAAAUCCAUAGAGCAUCUAAAGUGACAGUGAUACCAGUCGUGAUCGGUGCACUCGGAACAAUCUCAAAGAAUGAAAAAACCUGGCAUGGGAAAUUAGACAUACCUGACAUCGUUGGAAGUGCACAGUUGUCGGCCAUCCUUGGAACAGCUCACAUAUUGCGGAAAGUUCUAUGUUUCUAA